AUGACCUCGGCGGCCAAUCCUCCCAGCACAUCCUCAGCCAGCAGCCCCACCAAGGCCAGCGACUGGCCCCGUCCCCACCACGAAGGACGGCUGGGGACCCCAUCCAUGCUGGAUCUCUUGGCCGAUCUCACCAGCGAGGGUCACCCUCCAGGGGAGACCACCCCUUUGGAUCUCUACGCGUACCCCUCCGGAGCUGCCUUUGGCCAGAGGUCUUAUUCUGCUGCCGGAGGGCUGCUCCGCUUGGACGAGGGCGAUCUGGAGGAGGAAGAAGCAGAAGAAGGGGGGCUGAGGAGGGCCGCUUUCCUGGGCAGACCCAAGAGAAAGCGGGUCAUCACCCACACGCAGCGCCAGGCGGCCAACGUGAGGGAGAGGAAGAGGAUGUUCAACCUCAACGAAGCCUUUGAUCAGCUGAGGAGGAAGGUGCCCACCUUCGCCUACGAGAAGCGCCUCUCCAGGAUCGAGACCUUGCGCUUGGCCAUCGUCUACAUCUCCUUCAUGACGGAGCUGUUGGAGGGCUGCAGGGCCAGCUAG